CUUCACUUGGCUUGACUUUUAUCUUAUAAGUUAUUUCUCUGCUCUUAUCUUUCCAAAGGCCAAGUUGCAGAAAUAUCAGAAGCAUCAUUGAUGAUUCCAAUCGCGUGCUCAAUCUUCCGUGUUCCGAAUUCAGCACUUCCGCGACUAUAUCGAUCUCAUCAAGAACGAACGAAUACAUGCACACUUCAACUACUGGUGUAAGAGGAUUUUAGCGCAUUAUUAAAUGCAUCAAUAUUUGUGCAUGUGUUUACGCCCUCCAUGACCUUCCGACAUCCCGAAAAUAAGUCCACAUAACUUAUAUCCACCCGACAGCAUCCUGGCUGCACGGGCGUAGAUGCGAUAUAGAUAAGGUCCGCAAGACGAUAUCCCACACCUCGAUUCGCAAACGACGGCUGUCAACAAAACUCGGUGCCAUGAGUGUAUCAACGGGUCCUGCUAUAAUGCAGACACAGACUGAGAGACUGUCUUUGGAAAGGACGGUCACAGACACCAUUGCGCACGCAGGCAGCAAGAACAUGGGAUUUAGAGCUGGAGUGGGGUUGGGGAAUGUAGCGCGCAGAACGCUGGGCAUGGUGUUAUUGGGAGUUACGGUGAUGUUAUGGACGAGUAGUAAUUUUCUUGCUAGUGUGAGUGUGCUUGUCUCUUUGCCAGCUUGGUAUUUUGGCCUGGGGAAGGGUCAGGGGAUUAGAUACCUACUCAUACUGAUACGAGAACUAUAGUAUAUAUUCGCCGAUAAUACCUAUUCCAAACCAUAUUUCGUGACAUAUAUCAACACGUCGUUUUUUGCUGUAUCGUUGAUUCCUAUCUUUCUACGAAUAUCGAGGGUGCAUGGGUGGUCGCAUGUGAAGGAUUCCGUUGUCGAUUAUUAUCACGAACAAAUCUCAGAAUACCGCUCCGGACUCCAGAAUCUCCGGAAAGGAUGGCGCGCCCGGGAGUCCAGGCUAGAAGACGAAGAAUACGAUCCUAUGAGCGCUUCUCACUCACGGCUCCUUAGCUCUACCGAUGACUUUGACACAGAUCUUUCCCAACCACAAGAGCAAGAAAAGGAAGACAAACUGAGUGUUUCCGAGACCGCCAAACUUUCACUCGAAUUCUCCCUGCUUUGGUUCAUAGCCAAUUACCUCGUGGCCGGCUGUCUCGAAUACACAUCCGUUGCCUCCUCCACGAUCCUUACCUCCACUUCCUCAAUCUUCACUCUCCUUUUCGGAGCCCUGGUUCGCGUCGAAUCCUUUACCAUGCGGAAACUCAUCGGUGUUUUGGCUUCUUUCGUAGGCAUCAUCCUCAUUUCCUCGGUUGAUCUAGGCAGUACGGACAAUGACUCCAACCGCGGAAACUUUCCCCAUAAAUCUCAAGCUCAAAUUGCUAUUGGCGAUAUUAUGGCUUUUGGAAGCGCGGUUAUGUAUGGGCUUUAUGCAGUGGUGAUGAAAAAGCGCUGCGGUAAUGAAGAUCGUGUCGAUAUGCCCUUAUUCUUUGGACUUGUCGGCCUCUUCAACGUCAUAUUUCUAUGGCCCGGUUUCUUCAUCUUGCAUUUUACCGGUGUGGAAAAAUUCGAGCUACCUCCCACUGGCAAGAUCUGGCUCAUAGUAUUAUUGAAUUCUUUGAGUAGUUUCAUUAGCGAUUACUGCUGGGCGUAUGCCAUGCUAUUGACGACGCCGUUAGUGGUAACGGUAGGAUUGAGUAUGACGAUUCCAUUGAGUUUGGUGGGACAGAUGUGGUUGAACGAGCAGACGAGUACUGAAAUUUAUUGGGUAGGCGCGUUGGUUGUGGUGGGAAGUUUUGUGUUUGUUAAUCAUGAGAGUAAGGAGGAAGAGAAGAGAGAAGCAGUGGACGAAAGAAUCAUACCUAUUGUCGUUGUUGUGGAUCAUGAUGCCGGAGCAAGGGAAGCGGUUUAAAUUUAUAGAUUUCUAGACAAAAGGGAAUCCGAAUUAGAGUUUGAGUUUGAAUUUGGGAUGUAUUAUAACAUUCUUAUGGGUUCGAUAUACUUG